AGCAGCAGCUUCGAUUCGACCUGGAUCCACCCUUUGGAUUUCUAAUCGUGAAAAAUAGUGUAACAGCUCCUCAUGCUGCUCAUGUUUGAUCACUGUACUUUUUGAAGAUGCGACCGACAUGCAAGAAGUAGGACGAGAUCCUAAGCCAAAAUAAGACACCAGAGUUCUUUCGCGAUCAGUCUGUUUUCAUAUCAAUUUCGGAUGCACUACAUCCACUUCUACUUUUUCUGCGUAUGAGUUUCCCGCUCGGUCUUUUCCUCCACUCGCCCUCCUUCGGUUCCCUGUCCCAAUUUCAACUCCUUCUCACCGAAAGACUAGCCUUCUUCCACCUACUCGUAAGUUGCCUGGACAAGAUUUGAGGAACAACAUUAAGCACCACCAGAUCAUCAUUUUUAUACGACCACAAGCACCAUAACAUAGCAAGAUCAUGGCGCCCACCUCCGACAAGAAGGGUACCGCGCACAUCGGUGCGGAUAUCACUGAGAUUGCGGAAAUUUGCCUGGUCCCCGGCGACCCGUUACGAGCGAAGUACAUUGUGGAGAACUACCUCGAGGAUUACAAGCAGGUCACGUCGGUCCGAAACUGCUUAGGCUACACGGGGUACUACAAUGGGGUAAGGCUCUCCGUCGUCGCCUCUGGAAUGGGCGCCGCCGGGGCGAGCAUUUACUUUUCCGAGUUGAUCGACUACUACAAUGUGAAGGUGUUAAUCCGGAUUGGGUCGUGUGGAACGCACUUGGCGCCCAAGGUGAAGAUAUGAAUUGCAAAAGUAUCGUACUCGUAUGAUAAAUGCAUUACAAAUUUUCCCAGCAUGAGAAAUGAAAUUUGUAAUGCGGAUUUACCUCAAGUCAAAGAUUUGUAAUGCAAAACUUGCAUUUAUACGAGUGCGAUAUUUUUGCACAGGAUAGAAGAUGGGAGAUUUGAUCUUGGCGAUGACGGCAGGGACGGAUAGCAAGUACAGGAUGACUUUUAUUUUUGUGAUGUGCUGGAUCUUAUUUGAUUACGAUUAGUAAUACGUGCAGUUCGGUAUCUUUUACGCAUAUAGAGAUGUACGGGUUUUUAUGCGGUAGUUUUUCAUGCGUGUCCUCCUGCAACACAACUACAAAAACACUAUGUAUAAAAUCAGAAUGAACCGCACCCGUCUGCUCGACCACGACCAUGCCGUAUGCUGUGACUUCGAGCUUCUUAAAACGUGCACCGAAUCCUGCGACAAAAUUUUAGCCGAGAACGCGAAAAUAUCCUGUGCAAAAGUAUCGUACUCGUAUUGCACUCAUGCAUUACAAAUCUUUUCCUUGAGGUAGAUCAUCAUUACAAAUUUUCUUUCUCAUGCUAAGGAAAGUUGUAAUGCAUUUAUAUAUACGAGUGCGAUAGUACUUUUGCAGUUCAUAGAGAAACGAAAAUUACCAUGUCGGGAAGAUUUUCACCUCGGAUUUCUUUUACCACCCGCAGGAACAGACACUCUACCCGCUGUUGAAAAAGCACAACUACCUCGGGAUCGAGAUGGAAUGCUCCAGUCUCUAUGCCUGCGCGAGUGAGCGGAACGCAAGGGCGCUGACCAUUUGCACGGUGACGGACGAAAUUCACUUGGUAGACAACACGGGGCCUAAUGCGGCCAGCACGCCGUACAAACUGGAAUUUAAGGGGUUGUCUUCUGCGGAGAGGGAACAGAAAUUGCGAUCCAUGAUGCAGAUUGCGCUGGAUACGGUGGUGAAAACCGUGCACAAGGGGUUGUAAGUAACACACUCAACGAGAAGGACCAAUUCCAAUUCAUGUUGCUGAAACGCAUGAUGCGCAGAUGAUGGAAUGUUUGUAACUAAAGCAAGCACAUGGCACGACGACUACGAUAUUAGAUACGAUUCUUCUAUACCACGCACAAGCGUUGUGAAAAAAACACGACCUUCGACUUUGUUUUUCACGAUUUUUUGAAUUAGUGGCAAUUACACAUAGCGAUGGCGCUCAUUCGAAUUAGACUUUUCAUUCGAGGGGGAAUUUUCUGGUGCAGCAGGGAAUUUUUAAUGUCGAAACUACAGCUUGUGCUUGUGAUUAUACGCGAGGACUACUAUUGAUUGCAACAUGUUGGAAUUUCUACGGCGCUGUCACUGAUGAACUUGAAUAAACCAGAAACGUACGUCAGGGAAUACGAUUGAU